UAGCCACUCUCAGCUAGCUAACUGACCAUUUCUGACUGACUGCUCAACUCCUGCUGACAACAGUCUCUGUCACACAGUCUGUAAGGGCGUUUGUGUAGGAUACAAUGCCGGCCCCAAAGAGAGGACCAGCUCCUCAUGAUUCUCAGCCCAAGAUAAGGAAGUUGGAGGACGAUGGAGAGGCGCUGCCAUCCAAAACUGCACCAGCUACCAAUAAUCAGUCCCUCAAAACAGGAAAUAUGCAAGAAAAGACAGCAGCACCACGGACUAAGAAAAAACUGUCGGUGGAAGGGGUACAUAAACCAGCCAAGUCAUCCACACAGAGUUCGCCUCCAAAAGAUUCCAGCAAAACCAUUUCUGACCCCCCUGUUAAAAAAGCCAAGCUCCUAAAAGCCACAAGUGCCUCCUGUGGAGACGCUCCCGCACAGAGAGCGAACUCCAAAGCUUCCCUGAAGCGAACAGCCUCCACGGAGUCUGACGAUGAGUUAAGUAGCGACGGUAGUAAAGUUGAUUUCUUUAGAGAGAGGGAUGACGAAGACAAGGCCCGCUGUAUAAGGAAAUAUUCUAACCGAGUGAAAGCCAAGCGUAGGGCUGAAGAGUCGACUUCCGAUCCACAGGAGAAUUUACCAACUGCACCUGUGGACCCUGUACAGAUGGACCACAAUUAUGGUAGAUUCUCAGAUUCAGCAAGUAUUCAAAGCGUUGAUGAUGCUAAUCAGUCUGAGCAGAAAGAAUCUGCAGAGCCUCUUACUGAACGAGAGAGGCAAGACAUUUCAGAUAACGCAACACAGGAGGUGUCACAGGAAACCUCAGCCUCUGUAAAAGGGAGCACUAAUGUUAGCAUCAAAUGUGAGUCUACCGCUGAAGAAAGUAAACACGAGGAAUUACAAAAGUUAGACAGCCAAAACCUCAUAGAUAACGAAACACCAGCGUCAUCUCGACAAACGUUAGACCCUGUCACUGCAGCAGCACCAGAACUCCCCGUCACAUCCGAGGACAAUGAAAAGGAUCAAGCAGAGUCCAUUAAAAUCCAAAAGGAUGUAGAUAACGAAGCACAAGUAGAAACACUUUGUUCUGUUACUGGAGAGGUGAGUCCAAGCUGUGGAGAUGAAGAACAGGCAGAUGGAAAGACGGACUCAUCAGACAGUCAGACAGACCUGAACACUCAAACUAAAACAAAUCAGACCACAGAGUUUGUGUCUGAAGAUGAUAAGCUGAAUAUAAGAGUCUCUGCAGCCCACAGUAAUGUUAUACUGCAUGAAGCACCGUCAAAGGAAACAAACUCUGCACCAGAACAGCUCCUGGUAGAAAGUAGUAAUCCAGAAAGUCAGGACGGUGAAAAUCUAACAACGGCUGAGUCUGUUGGCAGUUCGGACACUCAAACUGACCUCAGUGUCAAAAUUCAAGUGACUUUCAAGCAGGAAUCCAAAUCGGUACACGUGCAGGACCAGGUUUCAGAUACAGUCACCAGCUCGUGUGAUGAUGUCAACAAAACAGUUAUACAGCCAGAGGAAAAAUGUGAAGAAAGUGACAGAAAAAGAGUUGACUUCCAUUCGACUCAGGCUGCUGCUUGUCCUGGAGCUUUGGUCGAGGUACAACUGAGCUCUGGCUCUCUGACAACUGACAGCUGUACUGAAAUACUGACACCCGAUUGUGAGGCUGUUCAUGAGCAAAAUCAAAGAGAGCUCCUUUCUGAAUGUUUCACACUUCCUGAGGGUCAAAUAGCACCUGGGGUGGAAAUACACAAUCAGGAGAACCACAAACUUUAUGGCAACACUGCAGAAAAAGCGGCUGAAGCUAAAGAAGAUUCAAGCACAGAAAAAGAAAAGGAUGUGAGCAUCGAGUGUUCCACUGCACCAGAUAGCCAAAUCAAAAUGGAUAUACAGGAGGUUUCACAUCCAGCUGUUACAGUGGAAACAGAAAGCCAGAAAGGAGAGGAUGUCAGUGAACCUGCCACAAACGUAUCUACAAAUUUUCACGAGGAUCACGUGGGUGAACGCUGUAAAACGAUGGAAAACACUGUGAACUAUGAAUGUGUCAGUGGAGCUGAGAUCCAAAACAAACUAGAAACACGGACUGUAGAGACAUCAGAGAUUUCUAAUCCAGGACCUGCUGUGGAAGUGCAAGAGCACCAGGAAGUCUGUGAACCCACCACUGUUAUAUCUGCUGAAGUUCCCGGUUGUGUUACAGCUGAUAAAUCUAACAACAUGGAAAACUUUGAGUUUGUUAGUAGAGCUGAGAGCAAAAUGGAAAUGCACACUGCAGCAGCUUUGGAGUUUUCUAAUCCAGCAGCUGAAGUGGAAGUACAAAGCCAGGAGAGAGCAGAAGUCAGUGAACUCACCACAGAUGUACCUGCUCCUCUAGAGGCUGCACAGUGUGAGAGCAGUGAAGAUGCUGAAUGUGUUGCUGCUGCGGAGAAUCAAAUAGAGGUAGAUACACAGACUGCAGCCACAUCAGAGGAGGUCUGUAACAUUGCACCAGCUGUGGGAGCACAUGGACAGACGAGCCAGGUGGUCAGUGAACCUACCACAGGUGUAUCAAGUGAGUUUCAUCAGGAUCAUGAGGUUCAAAAUGUCAAGACCGUUGAAAGUGACAGGGUGAACUUUGAAUCUGUGACUGUGCCGGAGAGUCGAAGUGAAGUGGAACAGCGCACAGCGGUGACGAUGCAGGUUUCCAAUCCAGCCCCUUCAGUGGAAAUCCAAAAAAAUCAAACAGAAGUGGGCAAGCAGACUGCAACAUCAGCACCUGCAGUGGAAAUGCAACAUUCAGACGGCAAGUCUAAAGAGGUUCACAGGGACCUAAUGAUUGAAAAUUGUCAAAAUGUGAAGAAUGAGGGCAAGAUGCACGUCGAAUGUGCUGCUGUACAAGAAAAUCUAAUCAAAAUGGAAAUGCAGGUUACAUCAACAUCAGAGAUUUCCAACGCAGCCCCUUCAGUGGAAAUGCAAAGUGAGAAAAGCCAAAAUGAGGUGGAUAUGGAGGCCGCAUCGACAUCAGAGGUUGUAUCGAACAUGGAACCUGCAGUGGAAAUACAAAACCAAGAGAUCCAGGAUGUCAGUGAACAUGCUACACACACAUAUACACAAUCUGAAACUGUAGCAGAGAAUCAAGACAAGAUAGAGAUUUCCAUCCAGAGCCAAGAAGUCAUUUCUGACAUCUCUGAAAAAGUCCAAGAAGGAAUAAGCAUUCCCACAAAUGACUGUAAAGAAAUUAAGAACGAUGCACUCAUAGAAUGUGUCAGUGCUGAGAGGCCAGUAAAAGUGGAAACACAAGAGGAGGUAACAAAGCCAACAACUACAGUAGAAACACAAAGCCAGGAGGGGGGUCAGGAGGUCAGAGAACUCAGCGCAGACACUGAAGAACAAAAAGAUUUCAUCAAUGCUGAAGGUGAAGAUGACGAGGUACGCGCUGGAUGUGUGAGCGCUACUGAGAAUCAAUCAAACAUGGACGUGCAGACAACAGUAACACCGGGGGAGAUUCCUGAAGGGGAAAUACAAAACCAGAGAUGCCAGGAGGUCAGCGAAGUCAAUAAUGUUGAAAGAGAUGUAAUGACUUCAAGUUGCGAGAGUGAGCAGAAUGAAGACAAGGCUGCUUCUGAAUGCGUUAAUGUUCCUCAGAUUCAAAGUAAUAUGGAAACUACCGCAGAGAGCUCUAAUCCGGCAGCUGUGGCAGAACAGCAAAACCACGUGACGGAGGACGUCGGCAAACACACUACGGUCUUAUCUAAUGAAAUUCCUCUGGAAAAUAAAGAAAACGACCGACGGACGGAGCCUGGUGCUGAGGAUGAACAAGUGGAUAUGGAUGCAAUAAGUGGAUCAAUAGAAAGGGCAGCUUCUGCGUUAGGAGAGGAGACGGGGAGGCAAGUGAUUAAUGAGGUCAAGGCUGACAAAUCCGUCAGUAAUAUUGAAGGAGAAGGAGCUGAAAGCAACGAAGUGAUCGUUUUUGUUUGCGGCCAACCAGAUGACAAUGAUAUUGUAAUUCAGGCAGCAGAGGAGCAGAUUAAGACGGUUAAUCAGUCAGCGGCUGAGCUUCAUGAAGACCAGAUAGUGUAUGAGCCCAUUAGCAGUCCGGAGAGUAAUGACGAGAGAGAGGUUUGUGCAGCAGAGAGGCACGAUGGCCUUUCUUUACUGGACAUACAGAGCGCAGACGGCCAGCAGACAGAAAACAACGCAUCAAACUUUUCCGACAAUGCGGAAGACAGAGAAAGUGCCAACCCACAGCUGGACGACGAGAGAGAAAUUUGCGUCUCGGACAGCCAGGCAGUAGUUGAAAUGGAAGUACAAGCUAUGAGUGUGCCAGAGAGUCCUGUUCCCGCACAGUUGGAGCAGAAUAACGCGACCGUGGAUGUGAAACAAGUCGCAGUGAUCAGCUCCAGCGAUGACGUCAGCGUGCCAGAUGGUCGGUCAGAAGAUGUCGCCAAAAAAAGUGAGAGGAACGGCUUUCCAGAGUGCGUCAGUGCCACGGAGUUUUCGGAGCAGGUGCGGGAGGACGCCGGAGUUCAGGAGGUUGCAGAUGUCACGGUGACAACGACCACAGCCGCCACUGAAGCUGAGAUGCCAGAUAGUGCAUCUGAGGAGUAUGUGAUCUUAGAGCCGGUCCCAGAGAGCGACAUUCACUUUGAUAUCCUCACUCAGGCUGCAGCCGAGUCGGGUCUGUCGGCCUCGCUCUCAGAGGAGGUCAGUCCAGACAGUGAAGUGGAAAAUGAGAGGAUUUUAAUUGGUUCCCAACAAACUGUAUCUCUGGAGGCAGAAGUGCAGCAGUGUGAAACAACUGAUGGGGUCACAGAUGCUGCAGUAACCAGUUCAGGUGAGGUAUCGCAGCAGGAGACGGGCUCAAACAUUUCACCUUUAGAGGGAGAUUUUCAGAAUAUUCAAAAUUCUAAUCAGCAAACAUCAUCUGGCAUUAUGGAUGUUAAUACCCCAGAGGUCGAGGUGACUAACUCUUGUGCUCCAGGCACCAAUGAAGACUGUAAUGAAGUGGUGAUAGAGAAUGCUGAGAGUAAUUUGGACCUGCAAGAAGUGCAGAUUCUGGAAGAUAUAGAGAUCGGUCGUGAGAUUGUAGUGGCAGAGGAGGAGAACGAGGAAGACAGUGACAUUACAAUCAUAGAAAAACCACAGCAAACACCUGAGGCAGGCCCUCCGAAAAAGCCGGAGGAAAAGGUGAAUGAGAAAAUUAAAGAUGGCACUAAUGGAACCGACUUGAAGCAGAACAGCACAGCUGAAAAGACUGUAGAUGAAAAAACGGGACAGGAGGUAGAAAAACCCAAGAAACAAGAAAUGAAUACACAGGCGAGAACCAAAGCUCGUCUGGCAGCUCUGGCUGAGCAAAAGGCUGCAGCGUCUAAGAGAACAGCAAACAGACAGCAGCUGAACCUCUUAGCCCUGUGUCAGGAAAUCGCAGAGGACAUUGCCACAGACAGCAUGCUGCUGAAGAGGAUAGAGGAAGAGAAACAAGCGGCGGCGGCGGCGGCAGCAGCAACAGCAGCAGCAGCGGCGGCGGCGGCGGCGGCGGCGGCGGCGGCAGCCAAGAGUGAAGCCAGCAAGAAGGAGCGUCCACCUGUUAGCACGCAGGAUGCAGACACGGUCAAUGUGGCGACUCCUGCUGGACCAGAAGGAUGCUCUGCUUCGGCGCCGCCUGCUGAGGAGGCGCCUGAUGCAGCCCGGUCCUCAACGGCCGAUCCAGCCGAAGCCAAACCUACUGCAGAGGCUCAGAAGAGACGAUUCUUCAUCACACAGGUUUCAGUGCCGCUGAAAGCCCACGAGAAGAAGAAGCUGACUCGAUAUCAAAGGCUGCGACAGGUUGAGCUGCAGAGAGAGAAAAUGUCUUGGGCGCGAGUAAAGAAACUAAAGUCUGACCAAGCAAACCAGAUGUUCUCAGACAUGGACUGGCAGUCGCCUUUGUCUGCCGCCUCUCUGUUUUCAGUGAGUCCAGUCUCCACGACGCCUCCACCUGCAGCCAGUCCAUCCAAAACGCCCCCGCCGAGUCCUGCCACAAGCAGCAAACCUGCCACGCCCAAGACGGAUGCUCCCAAGGCUGAGACUCCAAAGGUUGAGCCGGACAACACAGAACCUUCCAAAACAGAACCCACUAAAACAGAAACCCCCAAAACCGAACCCAUAAAAGCUGAACCCUCUAAAACUCCAACUGCCAAAACCGAAGCCUCUAAAACCGAACCUCCUAGUACUGAGACCCGUAGAUCUACGAGGCAAAGCAAAGCUCAGACUUCUAAAGCUGCAGCUGCUCCUGGACCUGCCCCGAAGGUGACCAGAUCAGCAGCCAAGAGGACCCUCCCAGCAGUGCCUCCUCCGAUGCCCAACGGGCUUAAUUCUCAAAAACAGAAGCCUGAAGUCGAGUACAAACCAUACAGACCCAGACCCAAGUACUCCAUUGAUGACUUCGAGCUGGAUGAUGAUCCGUUACCAGUUGCUCCGACGAAGCCGAAUCCACAAGCAGCAGCCAAACAACUGCCCCGACCCAGCCUUCAGUCAAACCCUGCAGCCCAAUCUAAACUCCUAUCAAAACCCACAGUUUCAUCACAACCUACCAACCAGGCAAAACUCAAAGCUCAGACCAUCCCAGCUCAGUCCAAGCCCACCGCUGCAGCUCCUGCCCAGUUAAAACCAGCAGCCCCCCAGUCAAAGGCCGCAGCUUCAUCAAAACCCGCCUCUUCAGCUCCCGUGAAGCCUCCUGUAUCGACCGCGCCACAGUCUAAAGCUGUCUCAGCUGCAGGUCAGUCCAAACCUGCUGCUUCUGCCUCGCCCCUGUUAAAGACAGCUGGUGCAAGCGUUGCACAGUUGAAGCAGUCGACUCCAGCAGCAGCUCAGCCGUCUGUUUCAACCACAUCCGAGACCAAACCUGCUGCUCUCAAGGCUGAUGCUGCUUCAGUGCCUCAGAAACAACCGAAUCUCCCAUCACGGGAAGACGGCACAUGCAAGGCUACAACUGAUCCACUUACAUCAGCUUCCGCCUCUUCCGUUGCCCCAGAGGAAAACUCUACAGUGUCUGAUGACAAGCAGCAGUGUGAAGAAAAGCCUGCAGUCACUGCUGUUGAUCCUUCUCCAGAGAAGAAGGCAGAAACAGUCAAAACAGCGGAGAAGACUUUGGAAAAGCCUUGUCAGGACGGAGCCGCGAAGCCACAAGAUGGCGGGACUCCUCUCUCUGAUGCUUGUCUGCAAAAAGAAGUCAAGAAACUAAAGGAGGCUGACAAAGAUGGCACCCAAACUAUUAUUGAUGCAGGACAGAAGCACUUUGGAGCAGUGGCCUGCAAUGUGUGUGGGAUGCUCUACUCUGCUGCCAACCCUGAGGACGAAUCUCAGCAUUUACUCUUUCACAACCAGUUCAUCAGCGCUGUCAAAUACGUGGGUUGGAAGAAAGAGCGGAUUCUGGGAGAGUAUCCUGAUGGAAAGAUCAUUCUUGUCCUGCCAGAUGAUCCCAAAUAUGCCUUGAAGAAGGUGGAGGAGAUCAGGGAGAUGGUGGACAACGACCUCGGCUUCCAGCAGGUGGAGACCAAGUGUCCCUCUCAGACCAAAACCUUCCUGUUCAUCUCUAAUGACAAGAAAGUGGCCGGGUGUCUCAUAGCGGAGCACAUACAAGAGGGCUACAGGGUGAUCGAGGAGCCGGUACCGGAGGGCUCAGAGGGGGAGAAGGUGAUGUUUGAGCGUCAGAGAGCCUGGUGCUGCUCCACGACGCCAGAGCCGGCCAUCUGUGGCAUCAGCCGCAUCUGGGUGGUGAACAUGAUGAGACGCCAGGGCAUCGCCUCGCGCAUGAUCGAGUGCCUCAGGAAUAACUUCAUCUACGGUUCGUACCUGAGCAAAGACGAGAUCGCUUUCUCAGACCCAACUCCUGACGGAAAACUCUUCGCCACACAAUAUUUCGGCACUUCUCAGUUUUUGGUUUAUAACUUUGUGAGCGGAACACGCUCGUCCCAACCCAAAACCGACGCGGUAUGACGGCCUUCAGGAAAACGAUCCAUCUGAGACGCCGGCCGAGCAGCGGGAGCCGCCCUCACCAAACACUGAAUCUACAUGUGUGUGAAAACAACAACAACAAAAAAACAAACUGCAAAUUACUCCUUGGAGAGAUUACACAUUGGUUUAAAUCUCAGGAUGAAAACAACAAGGCGUUGUUGAAAAAUGUUAUUAAUUCACCCUUUAAUCCCUCCUUGCAUAGUAUUUUGAGAAGAAAAAAAAAGAAAAGAGUAUUUUCUUUAUACAUUUUUAAGUAAACAAUUGGUUUUAUUAGAAGUAUAGCGUUUACAUGCAUGACCUGACAGCAAUAGAAACAGCAUUUCAUUGUUUUAACUUUGAAAUCACUGAGAAGCAUAACAUCAGUUUCAAAAAAGCGGUUAUUUUAGAAUUUGUCCUCAUGCUGUUUUAAUGUUUUUACGCCUCUAUCGUGCAGCAAACUCUGCUGCAGCGAGGGUCCAUCUGUUUACCGUCGACAAUGACGCUGCCUUCGUCUCAAGUUGUGUCUCAAAGGGCACGACUGCACAAUUCCUAUUGAGCGGUUAACUUCUUUUUUUUUUUUUUUAGUCCCAUCGAUUACAGUGUCAUGUUUUUUGUUGUAAUAUUUCAAAUUAACCGUGGAAAACAGGACUCGUUGCAACUAUCCGAAGAGAUGUGGGUUAGAACUGUAGCUUGGGCAUUAAUCGUGUGCUCUAAUUUUCUUAGAUCACCUCGCCUGAAAUGUUUUUCCGAGCCGAGCCAUAUAUACUGUACACCGUUUAGCAGGGCAUUGUAGCCUAUACUGUAUGAGUGGUGUCUUAAAAAUUUCACCAAGGCUGUCUUUUGCUUUGUUUGUGCCUGAAUGAAUCAUGUUUGACUUAAAAUGUUGAUUUAUUUUCUUUACUUUUUUUUUUUUUAGCCACGUGGUCCUCUAAGCAGCAUGUGGCUUUUUUUUAUUCUGUUAGUGUAGAGUAUCAUCCUCCUAUUCCUUAGUAUCGAUGAUUAAAAUGUAUAUCAAAUUAUCAUGUAGAUUUAUGCAUACUAUAACAAGAUUUAUAAUGAAAGAUGAGCAAGGUCGUACAUGUGAAAUGAGUAUCAACUGCCUUUAUGAUUGAAAACAGGUGAUCAACAUGCCUCUCUCAACACACACCGAUUAACAGUGUCAUUGUAAUCCAUCCCUUAUUUUCUUCUUCCUCCUUGUUGAAGCAGUCGCUUUUAGAAAGAUGUGUUGUGUAAGAAAAAGAAAUUUGAUUUAUACGAAGCUGUUAUGUAAAUAUUUAUUUAAAUAAACAAUUUAAAACAC